AUGGCUCCUUCAGCAAUCGCCGAGUACCCUGCGGCACGGGACGCUGUCCAGGUCCUGGAGCACGUCUCCGACGCCAUCGACGAUGUGAACUGCAUCAAGUACGACACCAAGUCAAAGUUCGACACGGGCAAAGACAAGACGCAGUUCCGUCAGUACCAAGACGCGUGCGAGAGGGUCAAGACGUUCUACAGGGAGCAGCACGAGAAGCAGACAGUCGCCUACAACCUCGCUGCGCGAAACCGAUUCAGGAGCGCCUCGAGAGUCCGGCCGGAAAUGACGAUAUGGCAAGCAAUGGAGAAACUGAACACGCUGGUGGACGAGUCGGACCCCGACACCACCCUUUCCCAGAUCGAGCAUCUCUUGCAGUCGGCCGAGGCGAUUCGGCGCGACGGCAAGCCUCGCUGGAUGCAGCUGACGGGGCUCAUCCACGACCUCGGAAAGUUGAUGCUCUUCUUCCCGGAGCUCGAGGCCCAGGGCCAGUGGGACGUGGUCGGCGACACGUUCCCCGUGGGAUGCGCCUUUGACAAGCGCAUCAUCCUGCCCGACACCUUUGCCGGCAACCCCGACACCAAGGAUCCCAUCUACAGCUCCAAGUUCGGCAUCUACGCCCCUGGCUGUGGGCUUGACAACGUCAUGCUCAGCUGGGGCCAUGACGAGUACCUGUAUCACGUCGUAAAGGACCAGUCAACGCUCCCCGACGAAGCUCUUGCCAUGAUUCGUUACCAUUCCUUCUACCCGUGGCACCGGGAGGGCGCAUACCACGAGCUCAUGUGCACCAAGGACCAUGCUAUGCUGCAGGCCGUCCGGGCCUUUAAUCCGUACGAUCUGUACAGCAAAAGUGACGACGUGCCGUCAGUGGAGGAGCUGAAGCCUUACUAUAUGGAGCUUAUCGACGAGUUCUUUCCUCAAAGGGUAGUAAAAUGGUGA